AUGCAACCCUCUGCUCUCUUUGCCAUCCUUGCAUCGGUCGUUGCCACCGCCCAAGCCGGCUGCUACAGCGGAGGCGAGACCUGGGCCCCUGAUCAGGUGCAGGCAAACAACGUCUUGAGCAGCGUUUGCAACAGCGCAUCUGGAAGCUUCAGAGGUGGGGAGACCAAAUACCAAUGUCGAAAUGCUGGAACUGCCAACAAGAAGCUGGAGUUUUGGGUCAGAAACACAGCCGGCAACGCUUUGUCGCUUAACCACGGCGAUUGUGUCCUGCGUCUCAGUAACGAGAUCAACGGCUGUCAACAUGGCGGCGAUACUACUACUGCUGGUUGGAACUUCCGUGACAACCAUAAGGGACAGGUCAAGGGACAGGUCAAGGGACAGGUCAAGGGACAGGUCAAGGAACAGAACUAA